CCUUUUCAAUUAUCUGCGAGCCUUUGGAGAAAUCACUUGCCUCUGGACCUCUGAGCGGGGUGACGUCAUUCCCGAGCAGGCAUUGGAGUAGAAGGCAGGGAAAAAGCUAAGUGGGCAAAAGAAGUCGGUUUCUCCUCCCUCUCUCCCUCCCCCUCCUUCCUCCUCCUUGCGCUUCCCAUACACAGUAUACAAAAAAUCUAAAUCUGACGGCACACAUCACAAAGUCACCGACGAGUCGAGCUGAAGAAAUUAUUGACUCGCCUCUGUGUAAUUUUCUCACUGGGACUGUAUCCUCCAGCUAAAGACCUGUGUCGCUGUGCGCUCGGGCUCCAGUGCUCGCGCAGCUGCGGUAGUUUCUCCAACUUCACUCCUCGCACUGUUGCGCCUGUGGAUACCAAGCGCUCGCCCCGGGCGCCGUGAUUUCCACUACCGGGUAGUGUAGUGCUGACCGCCGCAUCAGUUUUGUCUCCCGUCAUACAUUUGCCAAGGCGACAAAACACACUUCGAACUGGAUUUUUAUGGUACGCGUUUAAUCCAUCAGGGCCAAGUUAGGCAAGAAAGGUACAGAUAACACACACUGGGACUAGGUGACAGUUUGUAGAGCUGCGUGACUGCGAAUCUACGUCAAAGAACGGAUUUCAAUUUCUCCAGGGGGAAAAAAAAAGACUCGAACAGAAUUUCCCUCGGUCAACCGUGAAACGAGAUUUUGUUUUUCUAUUUAUUUUUUUUUACUCAUCGGCAUCGGCUGUUCCCUCGCACAAGCUUUCGCUAUGAGCAAACCCGCCGCUUCAACAAGUGGCUGCUUGGACAUUCUGAAUGUCAAAUCAAGUCGGAUCUUGGACAUCCCUUGUAAAGUGUGCGGUGACAGGAGUUCUGGCAAGCACUAUGGUGUUUACGCCUGCGACGGCUGUUCAGGAUUUUUCAAAAGGAGUAUUCGCAGGAACAGAACAUACGUUUGCAAGUCCGGUACACAGGGGGGCUGCCCUGUGGACAAAACGCACAGAAACCAGUGCAGAGCGUGCCGUUUGAAAAAGUGUCUUGAAGUAAACAUGAAUAAAGACGCCGUGCAACAUGAAAGAGGGCCCAGGACAUCAACCAUCCGGAAGCAGGUUGCACUCUACUUCAGAGGCCACAAAGAGGUCAACGGAUCCUCAACUCACUUCCCGCCUUCCAGCAUGCCGGGCCCGCCGUUCUUCACCACCGUCUCGCAACUUGAGCCACACAAUCUGGAGCUGAGCGCAGUCUCCAGCACACAAGAACGACAAGCCAUAGUGGGGCUAGCGCAGCCUACACCAAAGUAUCCUCACGAAGUCAGCGGCACGCCCAUGUACCUGUAUGAGGUCGCAACCGAGUCCGUGUGCGAGUCGGCAGCGCGUCUCCUAUUUAUGAGCAUCAAGUGGGCCAAGAGUGUUCCAGCUUUUUCAACCUUGCCAUUACCGGACCAGUUGAUCCUAUUAGAGGAUGCUUGGAGGGAACUAUUCGUCCUGGGCAUUGCGCAGUGGGCGAUCCCGGUGGAUUCCAGCACCCUAUUGGCAGUAUCUGGUAUGAACACGGAGAACACCGAUUCCCAGCGACUCAAUAAGAUCAUCACCGAGAUUCAGGCUCUUCAGGAAGUGGUCACACGCUUCAGACAACUGCGGCUAGACGCAACCGAGUUUGCCUGCCUCAAGUGCAUUGUCACAUUUAAAGCUGUUCCCACUCAAGGCAGCACGGAGUUAAGGACAUUCCGCAACGCUAGUGCCAUAGCGGCACUUCAGGACGAGGCCCAGCUGACGCUCAAUAGUUACAUUCACACCAGGUAUCCCACGCAACCAUGCCGAUUUGGGAAGCUGCUGUUGCUCCUUCCCGCGCUGCGCUCCGUGAGCCCAUCCACCAUUGAGGAGGUGUUCUUCAAAAAGACCAUCGGGAACGUCCCCAUUACGCGGCUACUGUCAGACAUGUACAAAUCCAGCGACAUCUGAGCUCACGGUCAACGACGUCCAACUCUAAUUACGCACGAACAGUCCAACUGUCUUUCAGUCUGCGUCAUGUCUCGAUUUGAAACAGCGAGAAUUGCCUUUGGGAAGACAUGAUUCAGGCUAAAUGUUUUAAGUUUUGAGUUACCAUUACAGGGAAUUAAAAUAUCGUUUUCGUUAAGUAGAGUUAACUGUUACUUUAAGUGUGUUCACUGUAAUGUGCUAAAUUAAUUGCCUAUAUACUAUAUAAGUAUAUGGGAAAUGCUUAUUUUUUCUGUUCCCAGUUUUUUCAUCUGAAGACAAAUAUUGCUGGUAAACAGAACUGUUUGGAGAAGUGACUGAAUUUUCUUUUAAUGUACAAUCAAUUUAGGGUAUUUAACGACAGUUUGUUGUGUUUGUAAGAAAGAGGAGCUUUACAACCUAUUUCCGUUUAAUAUUUAACAUUGCAAUUUUGUGUCAGCGAGAGUGGAAAAACCAAAAAAAAAAAAAAAAAAAAGAGAGGGACAAAACAGUGAGAAAGAGAGUGAGAGCAAUGGUUACAGGGGUACGGGUCGCUGUCCCCUGACACGGUGCUGAAACCAAAGUCCACAGCGGCAGGGCUCUCGAGCGCGCGGUGUCAAAGACGCGCGUCCAAGGGUGAUCGGAGGAUCACUCGCACAGAUGGACAACUUCACCCGCACCGCACAGUUCGAGCUUUCUGGUGAAAUACUUCAACCGUUUCCGUUGUGAGGACAUGUGCUCAUUUAUUUUUGCCGUUCUCCUAGCCGUCCUUAGAUAAAACAGACAGACUGGUACUAUGUUUUAAGAAAUAAGAGACGCUCUAUUACGCAACGUUCGUAUGUUGGUGUUCUCGACUGUCACGCUGACGUUGCACUGAAAUUUCUUUCGUCAUGUAGUCACUAACAUUACAAAAUGAACAUUCUCAGCACUUGUAUUUUUUCUGGUAGUCUGUAUAUACAUUUUCUCUGUUGUAAAAAAUGUGGAGAUUUAAAUUUGUGAAAGUUGUUCUGAAAUAUUAGAAUAAAUCAUAUUGAAAAAUGA